AAACCCAUCCCUGUCAUGCAAUGACUAGUGAAAACAAUGAGUGCUGCAACUCUGGACGAUCUCCACCUCUGGGUGGACAAAAUGAUGACCUCGCUCCAAAUCCCCGACUAUAAGCUCGCCAUUGGGGGCAACACAACCAAAGGGGACGGCUAUUUGGGCGAAGUGACGUUCCUCAAAGUGGAAACCAGCGGGAAAACCUACGAUCUCGUCAUCAAAUCGGCGAAAAAAAGCGACGAGCUGCGCAAGCAAACGCCGAUCAAGGAGGCCUACGACCGCGAGAUCUUCUUCUACAGCAAGAUUUUCCCGCUGCUGGACGAGUUUCAAAGACAGAGAGGCGUCCAGAAGGCCUUCAGCAACGUCCCGAAGUGUUUCAGUGUUUCGAGCGAGCUGACGCGCGAAGCUGUGAUUUUGCAAAACUUGAAAAGUGACGGUUUUGAGUUACAUGACCGCAAACAAGCGAUGAAUCUUGACCACGUUCUGAUGGUUUUUCGCAAUUAUGGCAAAUAUCACGCCUUGUCGCUCGGUUUGAAGGAGAAAAAACCGGCGGUCUUUAACAGUCUUGGGCGAAAUUUGAACGAUCUGUUCGGGCUUUUUAUCACGAAAGCUGACCUGAUUGGCGUUUAUCGCAAGGAGUUUGAACACGUGAAGACGCUACUUGAGCCUGAAAUUUUGCAGAAAUUUGACGGCUUAGAGGAGGAUUUUGAGCGGAUUUUGGUCGGGCUUUCGGACGAAAACACCGAACCUUCGGUGCUAUUACAUGGCGAUUGCUGGAAUAACAAUUUCAUGUUCAAAUACGAGGGCGAGGACAAGUCAAGACCGACGGAAAUCUCCUUCCUCGACUUCCAGCUGGUGCGAGUCGGGUCUCCAGUCAUCGACUUGUCCUAUUUUCUCUACUGUUGCGCUGACGCAAAAGUUUUAGAAAAUUUCGAUUUCAUUCUCCAAGCGUACCAUUCGAGUUUUUGCGACUUUUUGGCCGAUUUAGGCUGUGAUGCUGAGGCCCUUUUCCCUUUCAAAAAACUCAAGGAGCAUUGGAGGGAGUUUGGGAAGUACGGCCUAGUCCAGUCGCUUUUCUUGCUCAAAAUCAGUCUGUGUGAUUCGAGCGAAGCCCCGGAUUUGAUGGAAACGGCCGAAAAGGGCGAGGAUUUCAAGGACUCGUUCCAGAUUAAGAUGCAAAAUCUGGACGUCUACAAUCGGAGGAUCAAGGACGUGUUCGAGCAUUUUGCCCACAAAUUCCUCUGAAAAUAAAGUUUGGAAAAAAAUACACGCUAAGUUAUUUCUUUAAACGCUGGCACUUCCUAAGUAUAAAUUGUAAACGCUGGGGGAAAUUAAUAAUAAUAAUACUUAGUAAACUCUAAAUCAAAAUAAAAAUAGCUAAGUAGAAAACAGUAAAUAUCUAUUGCUAAAGAUUAUUUAUGGUGUUGUUUACAGUGUGAUGAACCAAAGUUAAUUUUUUUUAAUAAAACACUAUAUAUUUUAGCAUAAUUAGAUUCUACGCAAAAAAAUAAUGUAACUUUAUAUAAACUACUAUAGGUCUAUUUCUUUUCGUUUCGGAAUUAUUCAACUUUUCGUCAUAAAAAAAACAAUUUUUGAAAAAUUACUGCAAAGUCACCUAUGAAUAUUUUUCGGCAAAUUUACAACCGAAAAAUUCAGAAUACUUUGUAGUUUUAGGAAAUAGUUGAUUUUUAGUUAAAGUACGCAGAUAAUAUACAGGAUGUUCUAAAAAAAAGUUGAAUAACUCAUGUUUUUGAAAUAAAAGACCAUUUUUUUUAUGUAUGGAUAUUUUUGAUAAGCUUUUUAAUGAGAUGGAGUUUGCAUAGCAAAAUUAAAAUAUUUUUCGAGAUUAAAAAAAUGUAUUCUAUAACAAAAAAAAUUGUUAGCUAGUUUUCAUAGAAAAUAAUAGACGCAAAAGUUUUAGAAAAUUUCGAUUUUAUUCUCCAAGCGUACCAUUCGAGUUUUUGCGACUUUUUAGCCGAUUUAGGCUGUGAUGCUGAGGCCCUUUUCCCUUUCAAAAAACUCAAGGAGCAUUGGAGGGAGUUUGGGAAGUACGGCCUAGUCCAGUCGCUUUUCCUGCUCAAAAUCAGUCUGUGUGAUUCGAGCGAAGCCCCCGAUUUGAUGGAAACGGCCGAAAAGGGCGAGGAUUUCAAGGACUCGUUCCAGAUUAAGAUGCAAAAUCUGGACGUCUACAAUCGGAGGAUCAAGGACGUGUUCGAGCAUUUUGCCCACAAAUUCCUCUGAAAAUAAAGUUUGGAAAAAAAUACACGCUAAGUUAUUUCUUUAAACGCUGGCACUUCCUAAGUAUAAAUUGUAAACGCUGGGGGAAAUUAAUAAUAAUAAUACUUAGUAAACUCUAAAUCAAAAUAAAAAUAGCUAAGUAGAAAACAGUAAAUAUCUAUUGCUAAAGAUUAUUUAUGGUGUUGUUUACAGUGUGAUGAACCAAAGUUAAUUUUUUUUAAUAAAACACUAUAUAUUUUAGCAUAAUUAGAUUCUACGCAAAAAAAUAAUGUAACUUUAUAUAAACUACUAUAGGUCUAUUUCUUUUCGUUUCGGAAUUAUUCAACUUUUCGUCAUAAAAAAAACAAUUUUUGAAAAAUUACUGCAAAGUCACCUAUGAAUAUUUUUCGGCAAAUUUACAACCGAAAAAUUCAGAAUACUUUGUAGUUUUAGGAAAUAGUUGAUUUUUAGUUAAAGUACGCAGAUAAUAUACAGGAUGUUCUAAAAAAAAGUUGAAUAACUCAUGUUUUUGAAAUAAAAGACCAUUUUUUUUAUGUAUGGAUAUUUUUGAUAAGCUUUUUAAUGAGAUGGAGUUUGCAUAGCAAAAUUAAAAUAUUUUUCGAGAUUAAAAAAAUGUAUUCUAUAACAAAAAAAAUUGUUAGCUAGUUUUCAUAGAAAAUAAUAGACGCAAAAGUUUUAGAAAAUUUCGAUUUUAUUCUCCAAGCGUACCAUUCGAGUUUUUGCGACUUUUUGGCCGAUUUAGGCUGUGAUGCUGAGGCCCUUUUCCCUUUCAAAAAACUCAAGGAGCAUUGGAGGGAGUUUGGGAAGUACGGCCUAGUCCAGUCGCUUUUCUUGCUCAAAAUCAGUCUGUGUGAUUCGAGCGAAGCCCCGGAUUUGAUGGAAACGGCCGAAAAGGGCGAGGAUUUCAAGGACUCGUUCCAGAUUAAGAUGCAAAAUCUGGACGUCUACAAUCGAAGGAUCAAGGACGUGUUCGAGCAUUUUGCCCACAAAUUUCUCUGAAAAUAAAGUUUGGGAAAAAUA